AUGGCCGCUCUCAGGACCAUGGCCGCCAUGGCGGCAGUGGCUCUGGUCGGACACGUCCGGGCCACCGAGAGGCCGCUACCUCCCUGCCUUGACCCAUUCCAGCCCUUCGUUUACUCGGGCUGCUUCCAGGACACGGGCAGCCCGCAAAUCCUGCCCUACCGCAGCUCCGCACCGUCUGACACCAUGACCGUUGAGAAGUGCACUGCCGAGUGCAAGGGCAACGGCUACCGUUAUGCCGGCCUUGUCUACUACGGCGUGUGCUACUGCGGCCAGACCGUCAACGGCCCUGCUGUUGCCGAGUCCGAGUGCAAGCUUCCUUGCAACGGCAACUCGACCCAGACCUGCGGCGGAGACAACAUCUUCUCCAUCUGGACCGAUCCAACCUUCGAGCCCAUCGAGGAUGUCACCAUCGAGGACUACGACCCCCUCGGCUGCUACACCGACAACUCCAGCCUGGGCCGCGCGCUUAGCUACCGUCAGGACCAGCUCGACGCCGCCACUCUCACCACCGAGAAGUGUCUGCAGGCCUGCCGCGACGGUGGCUUCCCCUUUGCCGGUACCGAGUUUGGCGGCGAAUGCUAUUGCGGUACUGUUCUUGCCAACGAUACGGUUGCCGCCCCUGCCGAAGAGUGCAACAAGCCCUGCAACGGCAACUCGGCCCAGACCUGCGGUGGCAGCGGCCGCCUGACCCUGUACGUGGCCGACGAGCUGCAAUCGCUGCAGCCGUGCGGCUACGAGCCGCCCGUCUCGAGCAGCACCACCCUGCCCCCGUCGUCGACCACGUCGUCCACCUCGACCUCGUCCUCCCUCUCCUCCACCACCUCGUCGGCGGCGACCUCGACCAUCACCUCGACCAGUACCACCUCCAUCAGCUCGACUACAACCACCAGCAGCUCCGCUUGCGUGAGCACCACCGUUGUGCCGCCCCAGUGCGAAUACAAGUGCGGCAAGUGGUGCUCGUCGCCGCUGCCCGACUGGGACGACGUCAAGACGUGCAAGAGCGCGUGGUCCACCUGCGCCCUCCAGGUGGCCUCGUGCUUCAAGCACGCCGGGUGGCCCGACGUGCUUGACUGCUUCGACUUUGGCGAGUGGUGCGCCGACAUCUCCAAGUACUGCGACAGCAAGCCGUGGGGCGGCUGCCAAAAGUCCGACUUCUGGGGCAAGAAGCCCCCCAAGGGCGGCCCCAAGCCCUCGACGACGCUCACCAUCACCACCACGUGCGCACCGGCGACCACCACCACCAAGCCCGUCACCACCACCAAGCCCCCCGUGACUACUACCAAGCCUCCUGUUACUACUACCACCAAGACCUCGUCGACCACCAAAUGCCCCAUCCCGACGCCAACCAACAUCUGCGUCCAGCCAUCGAACCCGCACUACGGCUACGGCCCGGGCAAGCCCGUCGGCGGCAUCGAGAUGCCCGUCGUGACGUGCAACGACCUGGCCGACGAUUGGCCGGGCUACCCGUUCAAGCAGUAUACCGACGUCGAGAGCCGCAAGUGCCGCAAGUACCAGCGCAACCAGUGCGGCAGCGCCUGCGCCGACGCCUGCAAGGAGCAGUACGAGGACUGCGUCGACGUCUAUGCCGAGGGUUGCAAGCGCAAGCCGAACCGCGCGCGCGAUAAUAGCUACUUUGAGUUUGCCAGCAGCGUCGAGAAGAGGACGUACCGGUGGACCGACUCGUGGGACUCGGCUGUGUAUAAGUGCAAGGCGCAGUACAGCGAUUGCUUGAAGGUGAAUAGGGGGAUUACGGGCGCGGGCAAGUGUCCCAGGUUUGGUGGGUGGUAA